GACACGACGGUAACACCCAUUUUUUACAAUCUCAGUCAGCGCGGGCGGCAGCUGGUGACUACUCACUGUAACUGUACGUGUCGGCUCAGGUAUCAGGCGGAAAUCAGCAGCUGCUCGUCAUUACUAACCUGUCGGUCUUUGCUUUUGCUUGCGGUAACUCGUUUUGUAGACAUUUAAAAGCUCAUUUGUGCGCCAACUUGGAUAACACGCUUGGAUAAUUGUCACCAUGGGAGGACGCAGAGGCGCACCUGGUUCUGGCGACGACUACUCCUUCGUCAGCCCAGUUGUCAAGUACCUGGUGUUCUUGUUUAAUUUUAUAUUUUGGGUAAUCUCCCUGGUGAUGGUGGCCAUCGGCGUGUACGCCCGCAUGAUGAAACAUGCAGAGGCAGCUCUUGCAAGUCUGGCAGUGGACCCCGCUAUAAUGCUGAUGGUCGUGGGGAUCCUCAUGUUCAUCAUCACCUUCUGUGGCUGCGUGGGCUCCCUGCGAGAAAACAUCUGCCUUCUGCAGACAUUCUGUAUCUGUCUGACGGUGAUCUUCUUGCUCCAGCUGGCUGCUGGGAUUCUGGGCUUCAUCUUCUCUGAUAAGGCUCGGGAUAGAGUGACGGAGAUGAUCAAUAACGCCGUCGUCCACUACAGAGAGGACAUUGAUCUGCAAAACCUCAUUGACUAUGGUCAGAAAGAGUUUGGCUGCUGUGGUGGUGUGACGUACACCGACUGGUCCCAGAACAUGUACUUCAACUGCAACCUGGUCAACCCCAGCAGAGAGCGCUGCUCUGUCCCCUUCUCCUGUUGCAUCCUGUCCAAAGACAAGGAGGUCAUCAACACCAUGUGUGGCCAGGGCAUGCAGAAUUUAGGGUACAUUGAAGCUGGAGACCACAUCUACACCAAUGGCUGCAUAGACAAACUGGUGAACUGGAUCCACAGUAACCUGUUUCUACUGGGGGGCAUCGCCCUGGGACUGGCCAUACCACAGCUGGUUGGCAUCCUCUUGUCUCAGAUUUUGAUCAACCAGAUCAAAGACCAGAUCAAGCUCCAGAACUACAACCUCAAGCACAGCUCUGACCCGUGGAGCUGACCCCGACCGGAUCAGACCAGUUUCUGAUGAGCGGUGUCAGAGCAUUCAGUAUCAUUGCUCUUGGACUCAAAAACACAAGACUAGUGUUCAGCCGGCAUGUUACACAUUACAAUUAAUGUGCUUUCAAAUGGAACUGUGGAGGUCAAAAGAAACGCAUGGAGAAACAGGACUCUGUUGCCACCUACUGGACAUAGACCAUGCUUGAAUUUACCAAACUUUAGACAGUACUUUAGGAGCGUAUUUGGUGGUCAGUGUCAUAUUGACCUUUACUUAAGAACUGCAAUCAGUGUAAUCUAUUACAAGUCAUUUUUUCGUCAAAGACACCAAACGGGAGAGUGAGUAAACGCAUAUGGAUUUUUAUUGUUUCAAACUGAAUCCAUGAUGUGGCAAAUAUUUACUACCCAAAAAGGGAAAUGCAUUUUCUAACAUAUUGAUUUUUUUAUUUAAUAAAGGAAUCUCAGACCGGGUGUCCUAUGCAUGCUCAGCAAUGUUGUUUAUGGCUGCUAGUGUCUGUGAGAUGCAUCUGCUAUUUGGUUGAUGUUUUUAUUAUUGUAUUAGCAAUGCGUACCCUAAAACAAGCAUGUCAGCCUAUUUUAUACAUGGUGGAUAAAGCAGGCACAUAUGCUAGUUGGUAAGUCAUUUUUAAACUUUCACAAGCCUAUAUAUGCGUUUGAAAAGUAUUUACUUCUGGUCCCAAGAAAUGCCAUUUACCUUUUUUAUAAAAAAGGAAUAUUCUAACAGUAUAAUAAACUUUUUACAUAAUGUUUUUUUUAAGGAUUCAUUUGACUAUUACCUGUAAAGAUAAUGUUUACUCUCCAUAACAAAAUGGCCGUGUUAGGCUACUUUUUUGUCCUGCCUAGACCUGACACUGCACAUGAUGCCAUUUCCUCCUCACGUGUCGCCAGAUGACAGCCCGCAUGGCUGCAGAGCUGCUGUACUUAGUUCCAAUAUGCUGCCAUUAUAAGUACAUGUUUGCCAAACCACAUAGGCUUUGAACAAAGUUCAUAUUUUUUACAUAUGCUGUCGAUGUUAUCCUGUUCUCACCGCUUGCUUUUUUUCCGCUUUUCUGUUGUAAUAAUGUUGAAUUUAAAUACAAAAGGAGUGGGGGAAUUCUGCCACUAAAGAAAACAGUAGUGUGAAUGCCUGAGGUGCUCUAGCGCUGUUUUGUUGAUGUGGUCACUAGAACGGGCCAAGUUUGUAUUUUGUGACCAAUCAGUGAGCAGACAGUGGUUGAGGUUCUCCGACUGUGGAAAGGAAAAAAAAAAAAAAAAAAAAGUACUUGGAACCAAAACACGAAAAAUACCCUCUCCUGUUGUCUUGAUACACGACCAAUUAAAGCUUCAGUUGCUCUGACAGCAAAGUAAAUUGUAGCUGUAUUUAAAUGUUUAGUGUGGCCGUAAAUGUUAAGUGCUUUUUGUGUCUGAAGGCCAUCCACAGCUUUAAAUUUCAGUUUUUCUACGUCUUUUCUUAUCACGUGAUAAGUUUAAGUUUAGGUUCUUUCAAAUGAAGAGCUGUCGUUUAACUGCUGACAUUUUCCUUCUUGGUUCCAGAGAAGUUCUGGAAAGAGGUUUAACUUAACUGUGAAGAAGGACAAACCAGCACGACCUCUCAUCUCCACCCGUUUCUUUUCUGCCUGGCGAAUGAAAAGCUGAGUUGAGAGGCAUUCUCAGCCUGAAACCUGAUGCCUGUAAUCUUUGUGAGCAGAAACAGACCUGCAUGUUUAACAGCCUUUGACGCAAGUCCGCAAUCUAAACAAGACAUUUCUGUGUUAGUUUAAAGCUGCAGUAACUCCCCUCUCUGGGUGAAUCCCCCACCAGCACGAAACAAAAUGUACUUUAUCACCAAUCCAAUGCUGCACAAUUUGGAAUGGCACAGGUGUUAGUGAGUGUGUGUGUGUGUGAGAGAGAGAUAGAGUGAGAGUGUGUUGGCCUGAGCUCCGCUGCUCUGUGUGUGGUCCCUGGUUUUUGCCUCUGACUCAUUCAGGCGGCCAUGUUGCUGUGGGUUUCAUGGAGGCCCAGACACACACACACACACACACAGAGAGAGAGGAGGAACCAGAGUUAACCCAGUUUUACUCUCAGAACACCAGGAGAGAAACAAAGCAUCUACAGCCAUGCAAAUACCACAAGUGCACUGUCCAAUUAAUGCGAUAACAACAGCACUGUGGUUGAGAUUUAGUGGUGACCAGGCUUAUUCAAGCACAUUAGAAUAAACUUCAAGCAGCAGAAAAUCAUGUCACUUAGAUUGUGUUUUAUGUACAUUCAUAUUUUACGUUAAGCACUUGUAGUUUUCGAAUAUUCUUGCAGCCACCUUAAGCCCAGGGUCAUUAUGAAUGUCCCAGAGGAAACUGACUCAAUGUAGCUUUGACUUAUAGACUGCGUCCCUCCCUCAGAUACCAACAUGCACACUACUGCCAUAUAAACACGUUGCAUCGUUUUGGAGAUAUUGGCCGUAGAGAUGUCUGCCUUCUCUCCAAUAUAAUGGUACAAUAUUGCACUCGGCUUGUGGUGCUCAAAGCACU